UCACCGAGUAACUGCGUGGAUGACUUAUUAGAAAACAUUGGGAAUACAAACACAUACAGAAGACAUGCCUUCAAAACAGAAGACGUUAUUAUUCUUUUCUGGUUUUGUUCUAAGUAUUGGAUCAUUUGCAAUUAUUUGCACAUCUUUGGGAACCCAGUCCUGGGUAUCGAGCAGAGUUAAUUUUGAUAGAUCAAAUGGUAGCGGUUACGCAUUGGUGUCAUAUGGCCUAUUCCAAGUAAGACAUCAAAAAAUAGAAAAUGGAGGACUCGACACACAAUUAGUCAUUCACCAAGUUCUACAGAUGUUGAAACCAGGUGACUCCCAGCAUAUCAUUCAAAUAUUGGUAAUAUUGAUUCUAGUGGUGGGCUUACUAUGUUCUUUCUUGGGAUCAGCGACAACAUGUUUAAACAGUGUCAGUAAUCCAUAUCUGACAUUUCUGGGUCCUUUAGGUGUUUAUAUAUGGGCUUCGAUAAAUGGUUUUGCUGUUCUACUUGCAAUGGUUUUAUUUGCUUCUAACACAGAGGCAAAUCAAAUGCCGAAAUACCUUGCACAAGUAUUCGAUAAAAGCACUGAUCGGUAUCAUAAAAGUGAAAACACAUAUGGAUAUUCAUAUUGGCUGCUUCUCCCGUGUAUAUUUCUAAAUAUCGCCACAAUAGGAGUCAUUUAUUAUUAUCAACACGCACGAUACAACAAGAAGAAAGAACAAGAACGACCAAUGGAAAAUGCAUCCAAGGAUGUUAUUUUAUUUUGAAUGGAGAAAACAUAAAUGAAUGGACUGUGACUGCAGGCAGGGGAAGUGACUGAUUAUUUAAUUGCAUUUAUUGUCUUUAUCACAAGCCACUUUCAAUAAAACAGCAGGCUCCUCGACAGAAGAUUGGCUGAGCCGAUAAAAUUGAAGCUUUGAUGCUGACAUAAUGCUUUUUUCUCUGGUCAUUAUUAGAUGUUGGGUUUUUAAAAAAAAUCUGUAUUUAAUAAAUGCAUGCCAUUAUGUUGAAUACAGAGAGCUCUGAAUACAUAGCAUACAGAGAGAGCUAACCAAAUACUCAUUGGGCUAUUAAAUACCUUCCAAACGCCCAAUUGUGGGUAGAACAGUCUUGAUUCUGGUGGACCAAUGUCACUUUAUUACACCCUUUUCUCCCUAUUGCCUAGUUGUAGCAGGAUAUUGUGGGGACAAGUUACUGUUAACUGGUUUGCUCCAUUAUUAACACUAUCAGAAACCAGAUUAAGGAACACAUUGCAAUGCACGGUUGGUUUAAAA